ACCCAGCGUGCCCCGCGCGCGCUCCCGGCAUCUCCCGUGCCUGCCCCCCCGUCCUUUACCGCGGCCACGAUGGCGACGGCCACCAGCAUCGUCCAGCGCCUGCGGAACUUCCUGGCGGGGCGGAACAUCCAGGCCAAGCUGCCGCUGCGCUACACGGAGAUCGCCAAGAGAACCCAGCCGCCGCCCCGGCUGCCGGUGGGGCCCAGCCACAAGCUCGCCAAUAACUACUACUGCCUGCGGGACGGGCGGCGGGAGGCCUUCCCGCCCAUCGUGGUGGUGGCUGCCCAGAAAAGCCUCGCCGCGGGGGCGCAGGCUGGCGGUUCAGGCUCUGCAGUGGCAACAGCUGAGAAAAAGCCAGUGACGCCAGGAGCACCCCUGAAGAAGUGGGAAAUCUCAAAAGACCAGCCCUAUUUGUGAGUGAUAAAUGCGGUGAGAUUGGAUAUACAGACCCCCGGUCGUUCCAGAGCAGCUUCCUGACGGGAGUUGUGCUGGGUUUUGCUUCAGUAAUACUGCACAGGACUUGUCCCAGCACUGAUGCUGCAUGAAUAAUAAACGUAUUUAAAGUUGUGAUCACCC